AUGGCUCUGAGGUCUUUGCGACCUGAUAGCCAUAUCCCUAUCUCUCCUAAUGAGUUCUAUGAUGCCGUAACAAACCUGUGGAAAAUAUGGCGCGUCUCCAAGAAACCAAGCAAGCCGUCGAGGAUAGCCCUGGCUGUCAGCGGUGGACCAGAUUCGAUGGCGCUGGCCUUUCUCUGCAAGCAAUUGAUCUCGGAACGCCUAAUUCCCGACCUAAACGUGAAGCCGUUCAUCGUGGAUCACAAGGCUCGAGAGGGGAGCACGGAGGAGGCACAUAAUGUUGCGAGUUGGCUUAAAGAUCUGGGUUUUGAGCCUUCAAUUCUAACCCUUCGUUGGGCCAGCGGGACUAUCCCGUCCAGUCUAUCCAACUUUGAAACCUCGGCCCGGAAAUAUCGCUACCAGAUGCUUGGUCAUGCUUGCAAGGAAUAUAACAUCCAGGCUCUUUUUCUGGGACACCAUCAGGAUGAUACUGUGGAAACAGUACUUAGUCGUCUAGUUCGGGGCCAACGUCAGGCAUCCGGUUUCACAGGCGUAGCCAGCGUAGGACAUAUACCAGAAUGUCAUGGCAUCUACGGGUUGGCUGAAAGCGGGUCAUUUAUCAAGCUCAAGAAUGUCAAAAGCAGGAUAGACCCGGCCGGGAGACAUCCAGUCCACGACAGAGAACGACCAGACGAAUCACAACUCAAACAGGCUUGGGGAAUUAAUUCAAACACACCCCACAGCAACGAUAUUUUACUCCCCAUUUCAGAUGGUGGCAUUUACCUCUUCCGUCCGUUCAGUUCCUUUCCAAAAUCACGCUUGACUUCCACCUGUCUUCAGAACAACAUAAAGUUCGCAAUCGACAAAACUAAUUUUGAUCCUACCGUCACUUCUCGUAACACAUUACGAUAUCUCUUGUCCAAUGACAUGCUUCCUCGUGCACUGCGGGCUCCGUCAAUAUUACAACUAAUCGAAAAUAGCAAGCAAGUCUCAGAGGAACUCAACAGGCAGUCAAAUAUCUUUUUGAGAAAAUCUCAAAUCAUCAAACUCGAUCUUCGAACUGGCAGUCUUGUUAUCAAUUUUCCCAACCCCCGUCUGAUACAAAACUUUGGGGUAAGCCUGGAUGAUCCUGUUGGCCCUGCUUCCGUUAUGACCCAAAAAGCCAUGGUCAUCACUUUACGGCGCUUUUUGGAUGUCAUUUUGCCGGGUCAAAAGAAUCAUGUACCAUUUCAUAAAUUCAAAUCGGCGCUACAAAUAAUCUUCCCUGCAUCUGAAGCGAUUAAUGGUGAGGCACCACCUCCCCUUAAAAUGGACAUUUUUACAGUCGACGGCGUGAAGUUUGAACCUGUAAAGGUGCCAAAGAAGCGGGAUGCAGAACCUCAUUUGAAUCUUAAGGCAUUUAAGUCUAGGAAGCAGAAUGACGCUACUGCUUCUAUUUCAGAAUUCCAAAAUACUUGGCUCCUAACACGCGCGCCGUUCCCAAGGCGUCUUCCAUUGCCUACUGCCAGUUUCAAUCUCCAACUUCCUGAUUUAUCUAUUGCAGAUCAUGUAGACAGCGUGACCUGGUCUGAUUGGCAACUCUGGGAUAACAGAUACUGGAUACGCCUGGGGGCCGAAAAGGUUCCCCGAACAUAUCCGAUAGAAGAAUGGCCCUAUGAAUAUAGGGACACACCCGUCCCCCUUGUAGUUCGGCCGAUGAAAAGUUUAGACUUAGCAGAAGUCAGAAAACAACUUCUACAAUACCAGAUAUGGCACCAUGAGAAUCACUUUAGUCGGGGCUUUAGGAAAGUGGAAAAUGAAUCUAUCAGAACACUGAGGACGAGAAAGAUAUUAGAUCAGCAUUUUUGGCAUCAUGCUCCAGACAAAUUGAGAUACACGAUUCCUGUCAUCGCAGAAGCCACGGGCCAGCAAAGAGUACUCGCAUUUCCGUCGUUUGGUGAACGGAUGCCAGUAACCUUAACACGAGGGAUACGCGAGACCAGUGUGAUAGAUCAUUGGUGGUUGAAUUGGCAAAUUAGUUAUAAAAACAUUGAGGAAGACGUUUUGAAAUUGGCUUCACGGGAUUUGGGCAUAGAGAUACGUCGAGGGAUUCUUUAG